UUGAGUCGGAUGCUCAAGCUGAUGGUGUGCGACCGAACCACAAUCAAUUAUUUUACACAAGGCUUUAAUCAGAUUAAAGAAAAUCCAAAUUUACUACAUGUUUUACUCGUGAUGUACAGGUAACUAUAUGAGCACUUGCCGGAAUGACAUCGGGGGUCUGCGCAUCCUUUGUGUCUUAAAAGAAUUUCAAAUCAUAGUGAUUUUGUUGACAUCACUGGCCCCACCCAUCUGGAAUAAUGAGCUCCUCCCCCCACACGUCCCGCUCCUCUAUCGACAUCUUGGAUGAGUUGCAGCUCAUUACAGCCCAGAACCUGGACAAGGUGGACAUCAAUAAAUACUAUGAGGUCAUCAGAGAGCUUGGGAAAGGCACAUACGGGAAGGUGGACCUUGUUGUCCACAAGAUCAGAGGAACAAAAAUGGCCCUUAAAUUCUUGCGAAAGAAAACCACAAAGCUGAAGAGUUUUCUUCGGGAGUACAGCAUCUCACUUUACCUGUCACCCUGCCCUUUUAUCAUCAACAUGUUUGGCAUAUUCUUUGAAACUGAUGAAUAUUACAUCUUCGCUCAAGAAUACGCACUGGCAGGUGAUCUCUUCGACAUCAUUCCUCCCCAGGUCGGACUGCCUGAGAGUGUGGCCAAACGCUGUGUGCACCAGGUUGCAAUUGCAUUGGAUUUCUUGCAUUGCAAGAAACUUGUACACCGAGACAUAAAGCCAGAGAACAUCCUCAUUUUUGACAAGGAGUGCCGGAAGGUGAAACUGUCGGACUUCGGCAUGACUCGACGUGCUGGUUCUCCGGUAAAGCGGGUGAGUGGAACCAUCCCGUACACGGCACCGGAACUGUGCGACUCCGGCCGACAGGAGGGUCUGUGUGUAGACUACAGCACUGACGUCUGGGCCUUCGGUGUGCUACUCUUCUGCAUGCUGACCGGAAACUUUCCCUGGGAAAAGGCUCUGCCGUCUGAUGGCUUUUAUGAUGAGUUUGUGCGCUGGCAGCACAGGCGGAGACAAUCGGGCACUGUGCCAUCACAGUGGCGGCGCUUCACGGAUGAGGCGCUCCGCAUGUUCCGGCACCUUCUGUCCAUUGAGCAGGAUCAGAGAUGUUCUGUUAAGGAGGUCUUUAACUACUUUAACCACAGUUGGAUGCUCGAUACGGAAAACGGAAACACGACCCACCCCUCCAGCAGUAACAGCAACGGUGGCACAGCAAUGAACGGGCAUCAGGCUGAGCUCAGCUCCUCUUCCUCAGAAGAAGAUGAGCUGGUGGAUCGUUUGAAUCAGCACAGCUUGUCGCCAGUGCGUGGGGUAGCUAAAGGCAGUAUCAUCAUGGAGCCGGUGACAGCGCGCUACUCUUCAACGAUUACAAACAGCCCUCCUUCCUCCACCGGCGGUUAUGAGCGUGUUUCCCGAGACAACAAUGGCAACAGUGGUCGCAUUCUAAUGGCGACGCCAAUUGAAAUAUGCGUGUAGAGGUCGUUUGCAUUCAUCUGCCUUGAGCGUGUACUUGGGAUGACUAGAUGACCGUAGAGUCUUGUAAGGACAGUAAAGUCUCAAGUUCUUAAGGAACAAAUGUUUUAAUGAAAAGGAAAUAGUUGAUGUUUGGCACAAGUGCCAGACUAGAAUCCCAAAAAGUGGAAGCUGUUCCUUAUGAUGAAGGAACAUGUAGGACAAUCGCUGUGGUGCUGAUUGUGUCUCAACUACGUUUUCUAUACACAAUCGAUCCAAAAUUAAGAAAGUACAGAACGGAAACUUUAAAAUAAUAUAAAAGCAACGUCUUUGGUUAAACAUCAAACAAUAUGUUGAAGGUUAUUGAAGGUUUUUUCAAGAAAUUAUUAAGAAGGUAUUUACUUUUUUUUCAAAUUUAGGAUUGGGUGAACUGUGUUGUUGUUUUUUGCUUUUGUAUCCCUGUGGUAAGUGGAUAUGACUUUGGAAGUGUGUUGUAUAUUUAUUUUGGUCCUGUACUUCUGACCUUUUCCUUAUUUAUUUAAAACUGUAGCAUUGCAAAGUUAAAAAAAAGUUAAAGUACAACAAAACGUCACCUUAUUCCUGAAGACUGUUAGUAUGUUUUGAAUGACCAAUGCGUUUCACUCUUAAAAAAGUGUAUAUGCAGUACAUCUGUGUCUAGUAUAGACAAAGGACAAAGGCUUUUAGCAAGGCGGUGGUUGUAGCGGUAUGAGUAUCAUUAAAUGAUGAUGGCUCCCAUAAGCACAGUUCAAAAACCAUUCAGGCUUUGGGUGUGUGGAUAGAUUGAUAAAUAUGUAAGACAAAACUUGUGCAUUUCUUGUUUUGUGCAUUUCAUUAUUUUUGUCUAAUCAUCAUUGAUAUCUUAAAAGCACAUUUGAAAAAGAAGGAUUUUUUCUUCAUCACAAGUUAUAUUAUUUAUAUUAUUAGCAUAAGAAUAACAUUGACUUUGAAUUAAAACCUUUUUGGAUUUUCUUAGUAAUUGGUAUUUUAUUUUUAUUUAUUGACAACAUGCCUUCCCAGAAAAAACGAUAUAUUGUUUUAUAUCGUGGUCAAUUACCUUUCAUAUUUUCAUCAUAUUUAUUUAUUGGAUUAAAUGAAAAACAUCUGGAUAAUUUAAUGUGGUCUGUGACUUUUGGGAUGUACAGUACAUAGCUGAAAUGUCUUACAGUGUGUGUUCAUGUAUACUGUAGAUAUGAACCUACUUUAAUCCAAAACUUAAAAUACAGUUUUCUCCAGAUGAUGCACUCUUUAACUGAUGUCUCAGUGAUGUACUGUGCUUAGUGAUGUUUAGGGAUUUCUCAGGUAUACAGUACCAUUCACUGUGUAAUGUUAACUGUUAAUAGCCAAUUUAUCAUAUUCACUUUCUUAAUACAAAUUCCUGGUCUUACUACACAUAAUACAUUAAUGUCUUGGUUAUUUUUAAGAAAAUGAAAGUCUUUGAAAGCCUCAUCUUUGCCUUUUGGCUUUUAUAACCAAGCACAUGAUAAGUUCCCAAUCAUGUAUUUCCCAACCUGUUGCACAGAAAAUACAUCAUAUUACUAAAGUAAAAUGGGUUGGGAGCACUAUUUUUUGUUGCUUCACUGGACCAGAUAUAAACUUUCUCCAUCAUAUCUUUAAAGAAUUCCUUUAUAUGGGCUUUUAAUUACAUUUACAUUUGGUUAUCAGCUAAACCUUGAUUAGUUUAUAUUUAGAUCAUAUUGAAAUGCCAAUAAAGUAGGACGUGUCACGCUGUUCUUAUUAAAUCCUGCACAAUUUCAUUAGGACGUGUGUAUUCAUGUGUAUGAGAUUUGUUCAAUUUAAUACACUUGUUUAAAAGAAGGUAGCAAAAGAUUUUUUAAACAAAAAUGGUUGAGUGUAUGAUGUUUUGCAUGGAUCUAACAGAAAGCAGAUGGGAUCAAUGCUACUUUUUAAGAGUUGUUACAAUUAUUGUGAAGUAAACUUUGAAGUUUGUAUAAUCUGAUAUUUUCAAUGGAUUUAAAAAGGAAAAUGUGCAGAUAAACAGUUAAUAUUCAAUACUUCAUCUGCCGAAGAUAGAGCGGAUGUUGAAGACAAAACAGUACAUACUGUAUCUUAAGUCUUUGUGCUGAUUAAUGAGCGGAAUACAUGAGAAAGUGUGGUUCACAUUCUACAUUACACCAAGAGACAUUUUAACAAUGCAAAAAUGAAGAAAAGAAGAUACAAAUCUUUCUUCAAGGGGACAUGUCUAAAAAAUUUGCAUGAAUUGAUAUUGCUCUGGAGAAAUAUUGUACAUAAUAAAGUUUUGAAUGAUGUGGGUGUCAUUUCUAUUGCA